CCGUAGUGGCGCUGAAGAGGAGCGUGUGUGCGCCGUUGGCGGAAUUCAGUGACACGGAGCCACGGCAGAGAGCGGAGCUCGCUCGGAAUCGCCGCCGCCGCCAUGAGCCGAAGCUACAACGAUGAGCUGCAGUACCUGGACAAGCUGGACAAGCACUGCUGGCGUAUCAAGAAGGGCUUCGUGCCCAACAUGAACGUGGAAGGUGUCUUCUACGUGAAUGAUCCUUUAGAGAAAUUAAUGUUUGAAGAGUUAAGAAAUUCAUGCAGAGGUGGAGGAGCUGGUGGCUUCCUCCCAGCCAUGAAACAAAUCGGAAAUGUAGCUGCACUGCCUGGCAUUGUUCAUAGAUCUAUAGGACUUCCGGAUGUCCACUCAGGCUAUGGGUUUGCCAUUGGUAACAUGGCUGCCUUUGAUAUGAAUGACCCAGAGGCAGUGGUAUCACCAGGUGGUGUCGGAUUCGACAUUAACUGUGGCGUACGGCUCUUGCGCACCAAUCUUGAUGAGAGUGAUGUCCAACCUGUGAAGGAGCAGCUUGCUCAGGCCAUGUUUGAUCACAUUCCUGUUGGUGUGGGAUCCAAGGGUGUCAUUCCUAUGAACGCCAAGGAUUUAGAGGAGGCUCUGGAGAUGGGGGUAGAUUGGUCUCUCCGAGAAGGCUAUGCCUGGGCUGAGGAUAAAGAGCACUGUGAAGAAUAUGGGAGGAUGCUGCAAGCUGAUCCAAAUAAAGUCUCUGCGAGGGCUAAGAAAAGGGGUUUGCCCCAGUUGGGCACUUUGGGAGCAGGAAACCAUUAUGCUGAGAUCCAGGUUGUAGAUGAAAUUUUUAAUGAAUAUGCUGCCAAGAAGAUGGGCAUAGACCACAAGGGCCAAGUUUGUGUGAUGAUCCACAGUGGCAGCAGAGGCCUUGGCCACCAAGUAGCUACAGAUGCCCUAGUGGCUAUGGAAAAAGCUAUGAAACGAGACAAGAUCAUAGUGAACGACCGCCAGCUGGCAUGUGCCAGGAUUGCUUCCCAGGAGGGACAGGACUACUUGAAGGGAAUGGCAGCAGCUGGAAACUAUGCAUGGGUCAAUCGUUCUUCCAUGACUUUCCUCACCAGACAGGCUUUUGCUAAAGUCUUCAAUACCACCCCUGAUGAUCUGGAUCUGCAUGUGAUCUAUGAUGUAUCUCACAACAUUGCCAAAGUAGAGCAGCAUGUAGUAGAUGGAAAAGAACGGACCCUGCUGGUGCACCGGAAAGGAACGACCAGAGCUUUCCCUCCUCACCACCCCCUCAUUGCGGUUGAUUACCAACUGACUGGCCAGCCUGUCCUGAUUGGUGGAACAAUGGGAACUUGUAGCUAUGUCCUUACUGGUACCGAACAAGGCAUGACUGAAACCUUUGGUACCACCUGCCAUGGAGCGGGCCGUGCAUUGUCACGUGCAAAAUCUCGGCGCAACUUGGAUUUCCAGGACGUAUUGGACAAGCUGGCGGACAUGGGGAUUGCAAUCCGGGUUGCGUCCCCCAAGCUGGUUAUGGAAGAAGCACCUGAAUCUUACAAGAAUGUGACGGAUGUGGUUAACACCUGCCAUGCAGCUGGAAUCAGCAAGAAAGCCAUUAAACUGAGACCCAUAGCAGUGAUCAAAGGCUAGGGAAGUCUUUCCCUGAACUGGCCAGCGCUGUUCUUGCUGAAGAUCUUUUCCCACCAGAGUGCUUGAAGGUUGUUCCCAUCUAGAAUACAAACUGACACAGACUCUUAUGUUAGAACUCUUUAAAGUAAGUUUGUGCCCGGGGGUGAGGGGCUGUCUUUGUUAAGAGGAGCUAAAUCAAGACACAUAGCCUUUCUUUUCUAGAGUGGUGUCUAAAAUUGGUGAAUUUCUUUUAGCAGAAUCUAAAAGCAACCUUGUUCAGAAUAUUCUUCGCUCUUAAUAAAUUACCUGUGCCCUUCAUGGUGAGAUUCUGACCAAUGUUGAUUUGAUAGCCACCAAUCUGCAAGGAGGCUUUCUCUGGUGUAGACCAAGUACAAAUGGUUGUUUUUGUUUUUUUCUCCUGACAUGAGUUGUUUGAUCUCCUUUAUAAUGUACCAAUGUGUACUAUUGGAGAUAGAAAGGGAUUUUUUUUUUUUUGCACUGUGAGUUGCAAUAAAGCCUGAACAAUAU